AUGGGAUCUCCAAUCAGCUUAGGCCAUAUCGGAAUAUCUUCUAAAAAAUUCCUCAGCCAUUCUGCUUCUUCUCCUGCCUUGUCUAAGGCAAUGAAUUCCGAUUCCAUCGUCGAUCGGGCUAUGCAUGUUUGCUUAGAAGAUUUCCAAGACACUGCUGCUCCUCAUAAUCUAAUGGGCUGGGUUGCUGUAAAAGGGCGGACUAAGGAGACUGUUCCCUUUGCCUGGGUUAGAAAAUUAAGCCCCAAAAUACAUCGAAAGGGUAGCAAAACCUUAGGAGAUAUUUUGGCUAUCUUCACUGAUCAGAAUAAUGAUAGUCUUUUAGCUCAGCAUGAGUGGCAUGUGGCAUGGGAGCAAAACCAACAUAAGUUUAGCACUAAGAGAGAGAUUAGGCUUGGUUUAUGA